ACGUUGGACGAAAACUUUACACGUUGCAUUUAUAUGUGUUCAGUAUAACAAGGGCCAUGUUCGAAAUGAUCAAAAUCGUAAUGUAUCAUGGGUAAAUUGUGACUGACUGACUGGUCUAAAAAUAAUGAGUCGUUUAUGAUGCAAUGUUCUUUGUUGAUCAGUCAGUCCGCAGUCGCCUGCAAUGUCGGAUCAAGACCUGUCUUUGGUAAACCUGUGAGUAUGCCACAUUCAAAACAACUGGGAACUCCGACUUCAGUGCGUUCGAGACAAUAGGGAUCUGAAAAAAGCAAGCUCCAGACUGAGAAAAAUCGGUUCGAACGGUCAUCCAACUCGGAAUUCCAUGUCGGGAACUCCGGCCUCUUCCUAGAGCUCUGACUUUCCGAUCUGAAGAUCACUGACGUCCACAGGAGAAUUGCAGGAUGAGAGGAGGAGCGAGGAAGGGGUCGAAGAGGAGCCCGAAAUUGACUAUGAAAACCCGUUCCGUUAUAUGUUUUACAGAGACAGAAAAGAAUGGGCUGAUUUAGAACCUGUUCCUCAAGAUGAUGGUCCCAAUCCUGUUGUGAAGAUUGCCUACUCUGACAAGUUCACAGACGUGUAUGACUAUUUCCGAGCGUUAUUGAAGAAUGAUGAAAAAAGCGACAGGGCAUUCACGCUGACGGCUGAAGCUAUUGAACUGAAUGCUGCAAAUUACACUGUAUGGCACUACCGGCGAGUGUUACUGCAGGCCCUGGAGAAGGACCUGAGAGAGGAGAUGAGGUACAUUACGGCCAUCAUUGAGGACCAGCCCAAAAACUACCAAGUCUGGCACCAUAGACGUAUGGUAGUGGAGUGGCUGAACGACCCCUCGGAAGAACUGGAGUUCAUUGCAGAGAUCCUAAGUCAGGAUGCUAAGAACUACCACGCCUGGCAGCACAGACAGUGGGUCCUCAAGGAGUACAAGCUGUGGGACAGUGAGCUGGAGUAUGUGGAGCAGUUGUUGGAGGAGGAUGUGAGGAACAACUCUGCAUGGAACCAGAGGCACUACGUCAUCUCCCACACAACAGGCUACUCAGACCCAUCCAUACUCAACAGAGAAGUACAGUACAGUCUCAAACAGAUCAAGAAGGCUCCCCACAAUGAAAGCGUGUGGAACUAUUUGAAAGGGAUUCUGCAGGACCGGGGCCUGUCGUCCCACCCGGGUCUCCUGGAGCAGAUCCUGGAGCUCAAGGAGACCCACUGCUCGCCCUACCUGCUGGGCUUUCUGGUGGACAUCUACGAGGACUCCCUGGAGAACACCUCAGGAGACCAGGUGGAGGUCCUUAGCAAGGCCCUGGAGCUCUGUGAGCUCCUGGCCCAGGAGAGGGACACCAUCCGGAGGGAGUACUGGAGCUAUGUAGGCCGCUCCCUGCAGACGAAAUACUGCUCUGGUGACCCCUCUACCACCAGCAGCGCCCCAGAAACUGACCGAGGAUCAGCCUCAGUCUCCGUUCACCAGGAGACCACCUGCAAUAGCUAAAAGAAGACAGAACCCAAUGGGAGUCUAGGGAGCAACUACUUUUAUUCAGUCUGCGUUUGUUUGGCAAUAGCGCAGCAUUACCACAUUGGUUAAAUAAAAUACAAAGAGAAAUAACAACAGAAACACUAAGCUUACUGUAAAAGAGAACUCACUGCAGAUAAGUAUUAUGACUUAGGAUAGAAGAUAUGAAUGCCUGCUGUCAUUGUCAUGUAUUAAGGUUUAUAGCCAUAGGUGAGCUAGUUUGGAUGUUGAUGACUUGAGUGUGUGCUAACGAAGAGUCUUAUUGCUGUGAAUGUUGGCUUUCAGAUCAUACUGUAUCUAGAGUAAUUAUGCUUGUUUUGGAUUUCUUCUGCUGCGCAGUACACAGGGAUAUUUGUAUGUGACACUGUAGCUAAGAUGUUGCUUCUUGCCUAAAAGCCCUUAAAACAUCUCUGUGUAGAUAGAUAUAUAUUGCUGUCGUUGCCAAAACACUGUAUAACCAAACUCGGCAUUGCUGUAGGCUACAGAGUCUUUUGUACGCUAUAACUAAUUAUAUGGUUAUUCUAAACUGGAA